AUGACAUUAUCUAUUGAUGAGUUUAAAUCAACCAAUAAUUUAACUUCCAAACAAAGAAAUGAAGUCUUGCUUCAAGUAAUUCCUUUACGAAUCAUCAACGAAGAUGGCAACCAAGUGACGACAUAUGGUCUUAUUGAUUCAGGUUCUGAUGUGACAAUGAUUGAUCCCUCUCUGGUUGAACGAUUGAGAAUCAAAGGUUCCUCCCUUUCCACUGUUAAUACUAAAGAUGUUGAAGAAACUGGUCUUAAAGUAGAUUUUACGAUAGCUCCCAUUGAUGAUGACAACGACCUAGGAAUAGUGAUGGGCGAUACCAGGAUUUUUAAUUCGAUACCGAUACUUUCAGGAUCGGUAUCGGCCGAUACCGAUACCUAUUUCGAUACCAAAAUGAACACAAAAUUUCAAUUUUCGAUACCGGAAGUGAGUACUUAAAUUGCUAGUAUCGGCUACUUUCGAUACCUGCCGCUCAGCGGAAAAUCAUUUUACAUUACUGUAUGUAACCUAAAUAAAGCUAUAAGUAAACCAAAAGUCCGAAACGUAAUAAAUAUUUUCUAUACAUGACUUGGCGCACCACAUUUGGAAUAUUAAGAGUUAAUUUGUGGUUCAUUAAGUCUUAGUUCAACCAAGAAGUGAAAAUAAACCAGUCUUUUAAAAAAGGGUGCAAGUAUCGAACGAUACCACGUCAGUAAUCGAUACCGAUACCGCUGUUUGUGGUAUCGCUGGUAUCGAAUACCGAGUACUCGGUAUCGCCAUCACUACCUAGGAAUCAAUGUCAAUGAUGCCUGGGCGAUCAAGGACUUAAACAUCCCGCUCAAGCCAUAUUCUGUCGUGCGUCGAAGCGUUAACCAAUGGCCUCACUUGAACGAUCUCAAAUUUCCCGAAGUAGAAAGACAGAAGAUAUCUGUCUUGAUUGGCACUAACAUCCCGGUCAUUCCCGGAAGCGUUCAUUCCACUUGAAGUUAAGAAAGGAAUGCCGUGCGAGCCUCUAGCAAUAAAGUCGUGUCUUGGGUGGAGUGUUCUGGGUAAUUGUAACGUGAGCAACACCAACGGCAGUGGUCCCAGAUUACGAGCUCAGUUAAAUCAUGUUGUUCAAGACGAAGUUUCCCUUGAUAAGCAGCUAGAACAUUUCUGGAAGACCGAGUCAUAUGGUCUAGAGAAACUGGAAUCCAAACCAAUGUCCGUUGAAGACCAAUAUGCCCAAAGAGUUAUCGAAAGUACGAUUUCGAAAGUAGAUGGCCAUUAUCAAAUGGGUUUGUUGUGGAAAGAGCAAAAUCCUAGAUUGCCAUGUAAUCGAGUGAUCGCUGAAGCUAGAUUAAGCCACCUGAAGAAACGCCUUCAACGAGACCCUGAACUCCAUAAUAAGUAUCGAGCCGUUAUCGAAGAUUACAUGGCGAAAGGUUAUGCAAGAAAAAUGACCAAAGAAGAAGCGUCAGCCAGAAGUAAUAUAACGUGGUACCUUCCUCAUCAUCCUGUGUUUAAUCCGAAUAAACCUGGAAAAGUGAGAGUUGUGUUUGACGCUGCGGCGAAGUUUCAAGACACGUCGCUAAAUGAACAUCUCCUUCAAGGUCCAGAUCUUACGAACGAUUUGGUCGGUGUUCUAAUACGUUUUCGCCAAGAUAGAAUAGCAUACGCUGCAGAUAUCGAAGCUAUGUUUCAUCAAACCCGAGUUAUUUCCAAAGAUACUGAUGCCUUAAGAUUCCUGUGGUGGAGCGACAGUAUUGAUGAUCCUCCAGAAGAAUACCAAAUGCUGGUACAUAUAUUUGGAGCAACCUCGUCCCCAUGCUGUGCGAGUAAAGCAUUGAGACAGAUAGCAGACGACAACGAAAGCAAAUUUGACCAAGAAGUAACCCGGACACUUCGCAGGAACUUUUACGUCGACGACAAUCUAAAAUCGGUCUCAACAAUUCCAAAGGCAAUAUGGUUAGUGGAACAAUUAACCAAACUACUGGCAAAAGGUGGUUUUCACCUCACCAAGUUUAUCAGCAACAAUCGGGACGUGUUGGCCUCAAUACACCCUGACGAACGAGCGAAUCCCACUCUCAAUUUAGAUUUGGAUGACCUGCCUAUCGAACGCGUGUUAGGAUUGCAGUGGGAUGCAGAAUCGGACACAUUUCAGUUCAAGACCAUAUCAGUCCGUAAACCUUACACCAAGCGUGGAAUCCUCUCAGUUGUGAGUUCCCUUUACGAUCCUCUUGGUUUCCUAAGCCCGUUGACAUUUCUUGUCAAAGUCUUACUACAAAACCUGUGGAGGAUUGGAGUUCAAUGGGAUGAGAAGAUUCAAGAUCCGUAUCUUCUCCAAUGGCAGAGAUGGAUUGAAGAAUUGCAACACAUUCGCAGUAUCAAGAUACCAAGAUGUUUCCUGGCAUUCAAUUUUGGCACCUUGGUCGAAGUUCAAUUACAUCAAUUUUCUGAUGCAUCCAAGAUCGGUUAUGCCGCUGUUACUUUUCUACGAAUGCUGGAUGAUUCUGCGCAAAUCCAUUGUGUUUUUGUCAUGGGAAAAUGUCGUAAUGCACCUAUACGAGAAUGGUCAAUCCCUCGUUUGGAACUACAAGCCGCAGUUCUGUCUUCACGAUUACACAAGUUAAUCUACAACGAGCUGGAGUUAACAAUUUCGAGGACAUUCUUUUGGUCUGAUUCUAUGACGACGUUACAAUACAUCAAGAAUGAAAGACGUCGAUUCCGUCCGUUCGUGGCUAAUCGCCUUAGUGAAAUUCACGACGUAUCAUCACCAAGUGAUUGGAGACACGUUCCAGGUGAUCUUAAUCCUGCCGACGAUGGUUCAAGAGGAAUGAAAAUCAAAGCCUUUCAACCUACGUGUCGUUGGUGGACUGGUCCAUCUUUCCUCUGGCAAGCUGACGAAUGUUGGCCAACUCAGCGUGUAGGUGACGUUCCAGACAACGAUACGGAACUCCAGACAGAGAAGCACGUGAUGAUCAUUUCUCCUAGCGCUUCCUUAAACCAAUUCCUACACCAAUGUUCUUCAUGGCCGCGUCUUCAAAGGCAAAUGGCGUGGUUGUUGCGUUUUAUCCAACAUCUCAAGAAUCCAGUUAUUCCUUCGACAAUGUCACCGAUGAUCACCUUUGCAGAGAUGCGAGUUUCAUCUUUGAAGAUAGUCCGCAUUAUACAACGUCAGUACUUCCCAAACGAACUUGAGUCACUUCGAGAUGGCAAACAAGUUUCUACCAACAGCAAGUUAGCAACCCUCAAUCCGAUCCUGAUCGAUGAUGUCAUCAGAGUCGGUGGAAGAAUUC